AUGGGUCAACAGAUCUCGCAUAUCACAACGACCCCAAUUCAGCGACGACAUAUUGCGUUUGGAGUGAUUUUAGCUUUCUUCAGCAUUGCCCUCCUCAUUGCCGAAGCAAAGCGGCCAAGCUCCUCUUUUGUGGGUUAUUGGGUGGGUACGAUUGGCAUCCUGCCUGCUGUUUUUGCGAUUGCUUGUGGAAUCAAGACCACGAGGUCUCUCCUCAUAACCUCGUGUUUCUGUGAUUUUCUCUCUUCUUGCGCAUGUGUGGCCGGAGCUAUUCUUUCUUUGGUGUUUUUUUCAGUCCAUGUCUAUGCGGUCGGUUGGCUCUCUGUGAUCCUCACAACAUUCCUCCUUUAUCACGCUUUCGCCAUCUUUGGUGAGCUCAACAUCUGUUGCAGAAUUGCCAUUUUUGGGAUCCCAGAUGAAGCGUCGGACGACAUUAGCCACCGCGAUCAAGAAUGCGACUUUCCAGCCCCACCAAUUGGCUUUUUCAUGCCUGAUGAAGUGCCAAAACCGCCUAAUUAUGACCAGCUGUCCGUUCGAGGUGAUCCACCAGCCUACAGUGAAGUCUGUUCGCAGAGAACUUUCGUGACACCUACCCCACCACCACCAUCAACACCAUCACAACCUCUUCCAUUGCCGGAUUCUGCUCAUUGUCGAAGAACCAGAUCCCCUACAACUAUUCGGAUCCCCAUGAGCAUCAGGGCAGAACGCAGACAUCAGUCAAAUCCAAGAUCGCGAUCCAGGUCGGAUAUCUACAGUGGAGAAGGAAUUACAUCGGCAGAGCAUUUGGAAGGGAGCUAA